AUGCCAAACGAAUUAAGACAACUGUUUGCGAUAGUGUUAGUAUGGGGCAAUAUCAAUAAUCCUUCAUUACUUUGGAAUCAAUAUAAGGAACAUCUUUAUGAAGAUUUAGUUUGUAGUUAUAGUACUGAAGUCACUUUAAUUCUUACUUAUCAAGAUAUUAAUAAAAAGUUGGUACAAUUUCAAAAAUCAUUGGAAAAAGAUUUUUGCAUAUUGCAUCCUACAACUACAGAUAUAUUAAAUUAUGUGGAACAAGUUGAUAAUGAUUAUGAAAAUGAUAUCAGCGAGAAAAU